AUGGGUACGCCUGCACCUUCGACCGAGCGCGACCGAGCUUGCGUUAAGCUCGUUCACACCUUCAAGAGCCAGGCUAUUGCGAAGGCAAAGGUCGAUGCCACCGAAACAAAGCUAAAGGCUCUGCGCCGGGAGCGUAAAAAGCUUCAACAAGUUGCGGCCGACGCUGACACCAGUGCCGAACAAGCCUUCCAAGACUACGCAAACACCGUCUGCCGGGAGCUCUGCGAUGCAGUCUACAAUUCAUUACCUCGUGAGGUGCGCGAUAUGAUCUAUGGCUAUCUUUAUGAGGAACAAUCUUGGGAUGUGACAGAUGCAUACUUCGAUCUCGACGCCGUACCUACAAAGUACUGCGCCCCCGCACACAUGUGGAAACCAAGUGCGGCCGGUGAAGCCUUGCACCGGGAAUUAUGUGAGCAUUUCUUUCGCUCCAACAAAUAUUGCUUCUACAAGGCCUCCUUCAUGCCCGAAUUCAGGGCCAUAGAUCGAUGGGGUAUAGGAUACACGCCUGCAGUGCUUCCUACAGAUAUCCGAAUCGAUUUCCGUUAUGGGGACUACGAUCUUAAUAAGAAAGACAACAAACGUGUUGAAUCUAAAGAUCGUGAAGGGAACCACGGAUGGGGCAGCAACGGAUGGGGCAGUAACGCAUGGGACACCACAGAUUCGACCAGAAAGACUCGUUCGGAGCUAUUGUCGGAGCUAGAAAUGCUCUUCGGCUUUUGUGCUGGUACCAGGCUGACCAUUCGAGUUGUACCAUUAUCAUCGGGCUGGGACUAUGCUUCCAUUGAAGUGCGAGAGCGGGCGUUCAACGAUUUCUUUCCUCUUGUUCUACCAGUCCUAGAUCGACUUCGAGCUUCUGGUUGUCGCUCUCGCAUUGUCAUUGUGUAUAGUCUUGACUGCUCAUGGAUCGAGGCGCUACCCGACUUUGUCUACGAAGGUGAACUCUCUUUAGAACUGUGCAGGACUGAGUACGAGAAGUACGAGGCGGGAGUCCGCAAAAAGAGAGAAGAUACAGAGCUCGAUGCCGCUACCGACUCCGACGCAGACUCCGACUAUACCGAUACAGAAUCGAUCUGAACUAGGACAAGUUUAGAGUUAGGGAUGGAGAGAAGGAGAACAAAGGACUUCGUAUUCCACGGAUGCUGUUUGCAGGCAAGCUAAUCGUGCUGAUUGGCUGAUCGGAUGGCUUCAGUCGGGUUGAUUCGCCAC